AUGGCCCUUUAUGAAGCCCAGCCUCCAGCCAACAUUGUCGCCGGCAAAGUCAGCCGCCCGGGUUAUUACAAGAGGAGCGGUGCCGAGGUCGUGGUGGGCAACUUCGAUCCCAAGGAGAUUUGGGUUGAUAAGGGGAAUUCUACUCGCAAGGCAAGCAAUGAGGAAAUGCUGGAGAAUUUCGUCUCCCUCCGUUGCAAAAAUAGUGAUUGUUGUGCUGAGUUGGAGGACAUAUGCAUCAAGUCCGCGCAGCUGGUCGGAGUCAGUCCCACUGCGCCCACCACACCUUAUGCGUUUGCUCCAUUAACGCUCAUCCUAAGUGUCUCGGAAGUGCGGUAG